AUGACACGUUCAAUUUCUUCCAUUUUCUACUAUUUUACAACUUUGAUAGCACUUUCUGUCGCUUUUUGUCCAAAGAACGGCAUCCCCGACGCCGAAGAGGGAAGCUGCCUUUUCGCGGUGAAACUUGAGGACACUUUUCAGAAUGCUCAAGAUUAUUGCUCAAAUUACUACGGUAAUUUGAUCUCGAUACAAAGCGCCGACGCUAACGAGAAGGUUCUUUCUCUAAGCAAGACAUUUGCCAAUAACACAAAGUUUGCCUGGCUGGGUGGAAAGUAUGAUGGCACAAAAAUCACAUGGAUCGACGAAACACCGGCAGAGUUUAGCAAUCUGCAAGAGGGAAUGCCAGCCGGAUAUCUCCUUCUCAAUUUAACGAAUGGCAAAUGGACGACAGCCAAUUGGAAUGAGCUCUUUCCAUUCGUAUGUCGGACACAAGAUGCAAGUACCGAGCCGCCCAGCUGCCCACCAUAUGCGCCUUGUCCAACAGAUUGGGUCUACUCACAAUCGUUGAAGUUUUGCUACAAAGUGAUUUUCAACGUCGACUUUACGGAAGGCGAUCAGAAUUGUCGAUCGAUGAAUUCGUUUCUGACAUCGAUUCAUUCGGACACAGAGAAUCGUUUUGUUAAUGACUUGGGCAAAUCAGGGGCCGCACACCCCAAAAAAAUUUCUUGUCCGAACACGGGUCCCGGGAAAACGGAUUGGAUGUGGGUAGACGGGACGCCGUUCAACUACUCGAUUUGGGCUGAUGGCCAGCCGGACAACAAUGUGUUUGAAUGGUGUUUGCAGACAAUCUCCGAUCUGUUCCCGACCGCGUAUCCAAAAUCGGAGCAAUACCUAUAUAAAUGGAAUGAUCUCCCCUGUGAGACUCGAUGUCGACCAAUUCGACUGCAUGCCUGUGAUGGAUGCUCGUUUUUGCUCGAUUUCUCGCGGGUCGAUUGCUAUGAUAAGAACGAAGACCAUUUACAAAGUCAAGUCGAUGAUCCAGGCGAAAUCGUCAUCUGCAACGAUCCGAUACCAUUCACGGUCAACGGUCUCACUCUGAACUAUCGCAAAGCCAGAUGGAUUGCCUAUGACCCGGGUUUUCAAAAAGGAUUUCCAUCGAACUUACUCUUCUCUCGCUCGCCGAUCAACAUCAUCUACACGGCUGAACGAUGCUCGUUUUGUUUGGGCUUUGUUUUGGAAAUCGAUAGAGUCCUUCCGUACGAUUCGAUCGUAUUGGGCAACGCGUUGGACUACUCCGCUUCGACCUUCAUCAAUAGUUUUGGCUACCCGUGGACGCUUGCAGAUUAUCCGAAUCAUCAAAACAAUGCAACCUAUCACUAUUCGCAUCAAUCUACUGCCUUUGGAAUGUUGGAGACCGAAAUCACCAUUCUCUCUGUUGAAGGCGGCCGUUUGGAGAUCAACCUCCACUCACCAUUCCCCAAUCCAUUCUCCGUGGAUUGCCUCUUUGAGAAUCCAAUACAAAGUUUUAGCUUCUCCUCGAUCUCUCAACAGGAAACACUCAAACUUUUUGGGCUUUGCUUUGAGUUCAACUGGUACCCAGACAAAUAUUUCGAUCAAAUCCAAGGCUUUCUCGUCACCGCAAAAAUCAAUUCAAACAUCACCAGCACAAAUGUGACAUGCGGCAAAACGAGUACACUCACCGAGGCAAAUCCGUUUCUGAUCGUCGACGGCUACAGCUUAUCGGCACCGAUUUGCGUGAUGGCCGAAAACUGCGAGAACUGUUUCUAUUCGAUCGAAUACACGCAGUUGUGCAGUGAUGGUUACUGGAGUGGAUUCAAAGAGGACUGCGUGGAGUUUUUUCCGCUGAACAUCAACUCUCAGCUGCCUCAGUUCGAGAGUUGCACGUGGAGGUAUGAUGAGAAGAAUAAUAUCACCUCAAUGCAAUGCCAAACGCGUAUCCUAGGCCCGUUGACCAUUUUGUCGUACUCUGAUGAUCAGCGUCUCCAACGGGGCAGCCUAAUGUUUAGUGUCGAAUCGUGGACAGCAAAGCCAAACGUUCAACUCAUGAUCGUACUAGGGCAGUUGGACAGCUUUACGCUCAGAGUGACCCGUUCUGACGAGCCGACAUGGCUCGUUCUCAACAUUCCAUUCUCCUCGCAGAUCUACUACGUCUUGCAAAAGUUUCGAUGGGACCGAGGAAAUGGCAGCUGUGAGUACGCGUUUGUGAUUGGCCCACCGCUUCUCGAUUUGCACGAGAGUGAUCGAAAGUUAUGGACCUUCAGUGAUCGAGUCCCAUUUGUCGGGCAAUACCUCUUGGCUAGCGUCUACAGUAUCCACGUGCCGCCCGGUUGCACGCCGGCCAUCGCUGUCGUGCCACAUAGAAACUACGCAUGGAUGGAUAGCCAAACGCAAGAGCUUUGCUCGGGCACCGUCGUGAUCACCACAGCACAGUACAAGUCAUCGUUUGACUAUUUGAAUUGGAAUGAACCACUCGCGGAACUAUCGGCUGAAAUAUAUUGUGAAAGAUACCCAAUCGAUGUCGGCGUCGAGGUGAUCGAUUUGCUGAGUGGCCGCCUGUGGCUCGGCUUUUUCGACCAGAUGAAUGGACUGCUUGGAAAUAUAAGUCUCACCUCCGACAAAGCGCCACCGAUGCCCUGGAAUCACAUGGUGCCGCGAGCUCAACGUCUAACUAUUGUCUGGUCGCAAGAGGGCGAUUUUGAACAGGGAGAUGGUUGCUUUUUGAGGGUAACGGCUACGAGAUCGAAAUCGAGUUAUGUCGAUGGCGUUACUGUACCAAGUCUACAAAAGGGAAGAGACAUCUAUCAUCUUUUACAAAGCUUCUUAGUGAUUUUGGCUACCGAGCUUUGCUUAUCACUU